GGUCCAAUAUCAUCCAUAGAGAGAGAGAGAGAGAGGGCAGGAUCAUUUAUAGAGUGAGAAGAGAGCAUGAUCAUUUGUACAGAAGGAAGAAGAGUAUUAGAGAAUCCUACCUUAAUAUUGUCGCUAGAGAAAGAGCAAGAUCAUUUAGAGGGAGAAAGAGAGAGGAUGAUGAUUUAGAGAGAGAGAGAGAGAGAGCGAGAGAAUGAUGAUUUGUGGAGGAGGCAUGUGGCUUUGGUGCAAGGAGUGAUAAAAAGAUUGGUGAUUGUUUUGAAUUUGAUUUGAGAAAUGAGGGGAAGCGGAUUGGUAGAGGGGAUGCAGGCUUAUAAGCCGCACUUGCUCUUGAUCCUUAUGAAUUUGGGGAUUGCAGGGCUUCUGGUUUUGACAAAAUCUGCUCUCUCCACAGGGAUGAGUGCCCCGGUUUUGCUUGUUUACCAGCAUGUUGUGGCCACCUUGGUCCUCACUCCCAUGGCUUAUUUUGAGAGAGAAAAGAGACCGCCGCUGUCCUUCAAAAUACUCGGCUGGGCAUGUAUCUUAGCUUUUCUCGAGAUAAUGGUUGUGCAAUUCCUAUAUACUGUGAGUCUCCGAUUUAUAUCGGCUUCAUUUCAGAGCACUGUUACGAAUGCCGAAACGGCCGUUACGUUGGUCUUGGCCUUGGUUUUUGGGCAAGAGAAAUUAGGGUUUUGGAGAAUUGAAGGGCAAGCCAAGGUCCUUGGUGUGGUCACUUCCACUGUUGGAUCAACGGUGAUGGUGCUAUGGACUGGGCCAACAAUCCUGAAAACGUUGCACAUUGAUGGGGGUUCACCAAGUCUGGAUCAUGUUACAGGAGGUUUGAUGCUUGUGCUUGCCAUGUUGGCUGAGAGCACAUGGUUUCUCUUAAUGGGUCCUGCGGUUAGGAUGUACCCUGAGGGGUCAUUGAUGGCUAUGAUGAGCUGCUUUGGGACCAUACAGACCACCAUAGUGGCUGCCAUAACAGAGAGGAAAGCAUCCUCGUGGGCCAUUGAUUUUGGUGGAGGACUGGAGCUUGCAACCAUCCUAUACGGGGGGGCUCUGGCGCAAGGGUUGUCAUAUUAUGCACUAGCAUGGUGCAUAAACAAGAAGGGACCUGUGUUCACAAUUGCAUUUAGUCCACUAUCAAUCAUCGGUUCUUGUUUAUUGGAGACCAUCUUGUUUGGUGAACCUAUUUAUCUUGGGAGUAUUUUGGGAGCAAUGAUGGUGGUGGGAGGUCUUUAUCUACUCCUAUGGGCCCAAGCUAAAGAAGCAAAGGCAGAAAUGAGAAGAAGUGGAGAUGGAGGCACAAGUACCCCUCUAGUAGCAUAGAACUGUAGAUUAGAGUGGUGUGUCCCAGUUAUAUGAGUCCACCAAUUCAGAAUCCAUCUUUCUGAAGGAUUUAUUGAGGAUCCAAAACUGUAUAGAUCUAUCCUCUGGACAUUGAAAAUCAUAGUCUUGAAAA